GAUUUUUUCAGUUACGCGAAAAAUUUUUAACGCUUUUUACAUUUAGUACUUAUACUCCGUCGCAGUUAACAUUUUGCAGCGUAAAUAAAAAGCGGAAAAAAUAAUUCAAUAAAAUUUUUCUUAAAAAUGUUUACAAAAGUGAUAUUUUCUUGUGCACUGGUGACAAUCGUUUGGAGUUUCUUGUCAAUAGCAAGAAUUAGUGCUUUGUGUAUUUAUUCGGAACGCACGACAUGUUUAACUGAUAUGUCAGCGGAAGAAGCCAAUGAAACUCUGGCUUAUGUCCUCAGCAAAUACGAAGGGGUAGAAAAGAAAAUCAUUGGGGAGCCUAUAUCCAUUUACGGACUGCGUGUGUCACGCGGCGAUGCCGAGGAAGAAAUCAACAUUCACUUCAAGUACAUUGACAAUACACAGCAUGACAUUAUUCAAAAUUGUGUUUUCGCUCUCUACCGUCGAGAAAGUGAAUGCGAACUCAUCAGGACGAUUUGCAACACAUUUCUACCGAUUACACCUCGUCCACUGUUGGAACGCAGCGAUUUGCGUAUUUGCAAUGAUGGCAGUGAUGUGCAACUGAUUGAGAAAGAGGACAUUGAGGAGGAUACGGAAGAGAGCAGCACCAUGACAACCACGGAUGCUGAACAGGUAGUUGUUGAUGCUGACGCUGAUGGACAGCAAAAGCGUUAGACAAUCAAAUCGCAUAAAUGUGCAGUGAUAAAGUGCUUCAACAUCAACAGAUGGGCUACAACGUGGAGUGACUGGCUGAAUGGAUGGUUGGAUGUUGGUUCAACAGAUUUCUCUGUCAAAGAAAAUUUGUGAUGAAGGACACUUUUAUGUAACGUUUAUUA